GUGACGUACGACGCCAUAUUAGUGUUGAUUGUUUUGCAGCCAAAUUGUUUACAUGUAGAAAAAUCUAAAUUUUUAGUCAAAAUCCCGUUUAAUUUGCAAAUUCACCACUUGAAAAGCUGGACAGGGUUUCUGUACUUGGCUUUCCACCGGAAUCUGUUGAUAAUUUGUUUGUAGGACUGAGUUUUUGAACGGAAUCAAGCUGGAUUUCCCCAUCAUGGAGGAGCUGAACUCGAUGAGGAAUCUGGAGCUGGACAAAAUCUGUCGUAUCUGUCUGGCCAUGAAGCGCGAGAUGCGGCCUCUGUUUGGCGAGAUGGUCGCGGAAAUGUUGAUGGAAAUCGCCAAGAUACAGAUCGAGCAGCUGGACGGUUGGCCGGACAAGAUCUGCAUUCAGUGCAUUCACCAGGUGAGCCGCUGCCAUGCGUUCAAGACGCGGGUUGAGAAGUCGGACACGACGCUGCGACAGUACAUCAAGGGUAUUACGGUAGUCGUGGAGGACCAUCACGCGCCCUCGCAUCACGAAAUGCAGCGGACAGCCGCGAUUGCACAGCAGCAGCCGCAACCGCCGAAGAUUCAGCAGAUUCAACCUAUUCAGGAAAUUCACAUCCAACGCGCGGACAUUCCAACGAUGGCCGAGCAGACGGCCCCCACGAUGAUACUGACCAACGCCCAACUGCUGAACGCCGGCGCGCAGAUAAUAAACGCUGGACAUUUAUUGACCACCGCGGCCGGUCAGCAAAUCAUCCAAGCGCCGCAGUAUCACGCGGCCCAGAUCGGUCAGUUCAUCCAGGGUCUGCCGAACACGAUCCAGAUGAUUGCGCACGGAGCGCCCCAUCCGACGCAGAUUCUGCAAAUUCAGCGCACCGCCGACGACCGGUGUGAGAUUGUGGUACAGCCCGAGAUGCAAGAGCAGCAGUAUUAUGACGAAAAUAAUGUGAUUUCCGUAAACCCCGUCCAAUCCGUUCCGGUUAUGGUUGCGGCUCCUACGAUACACCAGCAAAUCGCCCAGCAAGCUCUUCACCAUCACCAUCAACAACAGCAGCAGCAGCAUCAUCAACAGCAACAACACCAACAACACCAACAGCAGCAACAUCACCAUCAUCACCACCAUCCACAGGAACCGGAACCGGAACCUGAGGAGGAGGAACACCUGCAGCAGGAUCCGCAGGAAGAGGAAGAGUCCGAGGAGUCGCACAUGAAGGAAGGCCCCGACUCGGAGGAGUGUGGCGAUUUGGAUGAGAGUAUCGACAACGAAGAAAUGGUCGAGGAAGAGAUGCUGGAGGAGAUUGAGGGUGAAGUGGAGGAGGCUGAACAAGAGCAGGAACAGGAGGAAGAGUUUUACAUCACCGAUGGCGAGUCGGACGACGAGGAGAAGAAGCUGGCUGAUUUCAUGACGCAACAAACUACGCAGCACGAUGGACGAUUUAUCUGCAAUUUGUGCCGCAAAGAGUUCAGCCAAGAAAAGUGGCUCCAAACGCACAUGUCCUCGCACUCAAAUUGGCUGAAGGCAAACUGUAAAAAGCAACCCGAGUGUGAAAUUUGCCACAAAAGCUUUCGCGGUCCCGGAAUGCUGCGGAUGCACAUGAAGACGCACGAGAAAGCCGACAAACUACCCACCUGUUCGAUUUGCCAGCGAGAGUUCAAAUCCAAGUCGAUUCUCUACCGACAUCGGCAAACUCAUUUCGAGAAAAACUUUGCCUGCACCCUGUGUGAUAAGCGGUUCAGCUCAAACUACCAGCUGAACAUUCACGUCCAGCGGCAUAAACAGCCCAAGGACCACAAGUGUCAGCACUGCGAUAAGGCGUUCUACAAUGCUUCCGACUUGAAGGUUCACGUAAAUCAGCACCUAGGAAUAAAGGUGAUUCAAAUCAAGAAAGUCUCCACGACCAGCUAAUGAUGAGCAUUCAUUAGCAAAAAAAAAAA